CAGAAAUAAAAAAAAAUAUUGAAAAAUAAUGGACAAAUCAAAUAAACGCAGAUUAUGGAGUACAGAGGAAACGAUAUGUUUUUUACAGUGCUACCUGGCACGAAAAGAAGAGUUUUCAGAAGUAAGAAAAAAAAGGCUUGGAUACCAACAUGUCCUUGAGGACAUGAUAGCAUAUGGAAUUGCAGAUGACAUACUUACUCCAAUCUGCUUAGAAAGAAGAAUGCGCACACUUGUAAGUGUUUUUAGAGCAGCCAAGAAUAACAACAGGGGGACUGGAGCAUCGCCGUGUUUGCCACCAUACAUGCAAUUGAUGAAAAAAAUAUUUGGCAAUAAACCAAUUAUUUCAAAUAAGCGCACUGUUAGUUUAGAGUUUAAAAGUGAUGUGGAGGAUUUAGAGGAAUUAGAAGAGUUAAAAGUCAAUAUACCAACAUAUGCUGAGCUAUUACCAACACAGGAACCAAGACAACAUUCAAGAUCAGUAAUCAACAAAAGAAAAUCUUUGCGCUCAGCAUAUUAUGAAAACAAAUUACUUAUCCAGAAAAGGAUAGGCGAACAAAAAAUUGCAAUUUUUAAGGAGAAAAUGAGUAAAUUGGUGGAAGAGGUAAGAAGAAAAUGGAAUCGAGAAUUAGAACUGAAGGAGAAGAAACUAGAGUUGGAAGAAAGGAAAUUUGAACUGCUUAAAAAAAUUGUUCAUAAAAUGUAAAAAUAUAUGAAUUAUAGAGAUUAGUUA